AUGACCAUCACAUACGAAACCCCUGCCCGUGGGGCUCCGGCUUCAAUGGCAACAUUAGAAGAUCGGUUCCAGGUGAUGAAGGAAGUUGGCGACGGUAGUUUUGGUAGUGUCGCUGUUGCACGUGUGCGGACAGCCGGUGCUCAUAUCGCGCGACGAGGACGAUGGUACGGGUCAUAUGACGUAGUCGCAAUCAAAACAAUGAAGAAGAGCUUCGACUCACUAGCACCAUGUCUCGAGCUGCGCGAGGUAAUCUUCUUGCGGACUCUUCCAGUGCACCCGCACUUGGUUCCCGCCCUUGACAUCUUCCUUGACCCCAUGUCCCGAAAGCUCCAUAUUGCAAUGGAGUACAUGGACGGCAACUUGUAUCAGCUCAUGAAGUCUCGCGAUCACAAGUACUUCGAAGGCAAGCAUGUGAAGAGCAUCUUGUACCAGAUUCUUGCUGGUCUGGAUCACAUCCACGCCCACCACUUCUUCCACCGUGAUAUUAAGCCCGAAAACAUCCUCGUGUCUACCUCCGCCCCGAACGACUCUACUUUCAGCCGCUACUCUAAUCUCGUCACUCCCCCAUCCACUCCUCCCACCUACACCGUGAAGAUCGCCGAUUUCGGGCUUGCGCGCGAGACUCAGUCCAAGCAGCCCUACACCACCUACGUUUCCACCCGCUGGUACCGAGCGCCUGAGGUUCUUCUGCGCGCGGGAGAGUAUUCUGCCCCGGUUGACAUGUGGGCGGUCGGGGCGAUGGCUGUAGAGAUUGCUACUCUGAAGCCACUGUUCCCGGGAGGCAACGAGGUUGACCAGGUCUGGCGCGUCUGCGAAAUCAUGGGUAGCCCUGGAAACUGGUACAGCAAGUCGGGUGCCAGGAUCGGUGGUGGUGAAUGGCGGGAGGGUUCCCGCCUGGCGCACAAGCUGGGCUUCACAUUCCCGAAGAUGGCCCCUCAUUCGAUGGACAGUGUCCUCAACCCCCAGCACUGGCCGGCCGCUCUCGCCGAUUUUGUGACCUGGUGUUUGAUGUGGGAUCCCAAGAACCGUCCCACAUGUCCCCAGGCCCUGAACCACGAGUACUUCGUCGAUGCUGUGGACCCUCUCCGACCCAAAUCCUCUACGUCUUCCAGGCUGCUCGGUCGUAAGCAGUCCGAGAAGAGCUUCAAGUCUCCUACCCUCACUCCUUCCGACUCCCCCACACUGUCCAGCAAGCCUUCGUGGUUCCGCCGAUCCAUGAUCGGUCGUUCCGAAAGCCCUGUUCCAAAUGAGACCAGUCCUGCUAGACCCCCCGGCCGUCACAUCCAGCACCGUUCCCGAAAUCCAGCCUGCCAAGGCUCGCCCAGCAAACACCAAGCGAGCUACAUGGACAAACGGUACGACCAGCGGGGCUCCGAUGCCCAUUCUUCCCUCCAUCCGACCUGUCUCUCCCUGUCCAACUCGGUUACCGCGCAAGCAAACGCGACAGUGGCCCAUGGUGAGACAAAGGCCGAGGCCGAUGCCAAGGCCAGCAAGAAGAUUGGUCAGAUUGCUCAAUGGCUCUGGCAACACUACCCGACUACCAAGGAGAGCUUUUUCUCCCACCUGCGCAAACGUGCCCGCCGACUGUCUGGCCGAAACCAGGCAGCUGCUCCUCCAGAUGACAUUGAGGCCAAUGCCGGUUGCAUCCCUUGGUCGAACCGCUCAUCGAUGGCUUUGGAUGGCUCCGGUAUGGCUGCUGAUGGCAAACAGGCCCACUCGGACUUGAGUGACCUGGACAAAGCUCUCAACAGUGUCAAGUACACUUUAGAUUCUUCCACCAAGGGCAAUGUCCCAGUGCAGCUGCCCGCUGGAUCGGACAACAUCAUCACCAAGCGCCAGUCGAUGCCCGGGACCACUAGCAACCCUGGUCCUAUCUCGAGCAGGACUCGUCGCGCAAUGCAGAUGACCGGUCAUCCCGUGCAUCGCUACGAGACUCCCGAGGAAGAGGAUGAGCUUCUGGACGAGGUCCUGCACUCUGCUAGCAGGGCCGCCCGACGUCUUGCGCUAACCCAGUCGAUGGCCGCGCCAUCGCCCAACGUGACUCAGCGCCUGACUGACAACUCGCGCGCCCUGCCGAGCCCAUAUCCUACCCCUUCUCCCACUGCCAAAUGCGAUGGCUACUUCGACAAUAUUCCAACAACGACUCCUGUCAAGCAGACCAAAGCGGACCCCAAUUCCAACCGCCAGUGGCCUACUCCUCCUUACGAGGAGUCUGAGUGGAACAACAAGAAUUUCAUCUAG